AUGGUUCAGGUCCUUGAUCACACCGGCGCCCCCGUCAGGGGCGGGCGGGCCAGAGUGAAUGACAUCCGACUGUACUACAUCACGGCAGGCGAGGGACCGGCACUGGUACUCCUGCACGGCACGCCCAAGAACAGCUACUACUGGUACAAGUUGUUCCCUUUACUGACGGAGCACUUCACCCUGGUGGCGCCUGACUUGCGGGGGUUCGGAUAUUCGGACAAACCGCCCACGGCCGAUGGGUAUGAUUGCAGGACCAACGCCAAUGACAUCGCCGAAUUGAUGUCCCAGCUCGGCCACCAGCAGUACCACGUGCACGGCGAGGACCGCGGUGCCGAAUAUGCCUAUGCCCUCGCCGCGCUGUACCGCGACCGCGCCCUCUCCCUUUCAUUUGGCGAAAUGCUUCUCUCGGGCUUCGGGCUCGAGGAGUCUUCGUUUUGGACGCCGGAGAACGUGUCAGCCCAGUUCCGCCAGCAAGGCGUCUGGUGCUGGCACUUGGGGUUUUUCUUCAUCCCCCAUGUCCCAGAGAUGUUGAUCCAGGGUCAUGAACUGGAGGCACAUGCUCUUGAUCAUUGGAUUGAGUGUGUGAAGCAGCCGGGCUGUUUGAGGGGUAUUCUCGAGACGUAUCGCGCAGGUUUCAAGAAUGCAGAGAUCAACCGCGGCCUGGCACGAGAGAAGUUGACACUGCCCGUCAUGACGAUCGGUGCGCCGGAGUUCUUUGGUCCUCGGGUACAGGAGUGUGCUUUGAGGUUUGCGGAAACAGUGACCAGGUCGGAGAUAUUUGACGAGUGCGGGCACAGCUUGGCCUUGGAAGGUGAAGAGAGACUGGCGACGUGUUUGAAGGAGUUCUGUCUGAGCCAAGAUCGGUGA